AGACAUUGGCCUUGAUGAUUUGUUUUUCUCUUAUUACAGAAACUAGUGAUUUUCCAUCUGAAUGUUGUAGUGUGAUGGCAGGAGGAACCCUGACUGGAUGGCACGCAGAUGUCGCUACUGUAAUGUGGAGGCGAAUGCUAGGCAUUUUAGGAGAUGUCAAUUCCAUUAUGGAUCCUGAAAUACAUGCCCAAGUUUUUGAUUAUCUUUGUGAACUCUGGCAGAAUCUCGCUAAGAUUAGAGAUAAUCUUGGCAUUUCAGCUGAUAACAUGACGUCUCCUUCUCCACCUAUUUUGAUUCCUCCAUUGAGAAUUCUUACUCCAUGGCUUUUCAAGGCAACCAUGUUGAGUGAUAAAUACAAACAAGGCAAAUUACACGCUUAUAAGCUCAUUUGUAAUACGAUGAAGCGAAGACAAGAUGUUUCCCCAAACAGGGACUUUUUAACUCAUUUCUACAAUAUAAUGCACUGUGGACUACUUCAUGUUGAUCAGGAUAUUGUAAAUACAAUCAUCAAGCACUGUUCUCCUCAGUUUUUUUCCCUUGGUUUGCCUGGUGCUACCACACUGAUCAUGGACUUCAUUAUAGCAGCUGGUAGAGUGGCAGCAUCCUCUUUUCUUAAUGCACCACGAGUAGAAGCACAAGUUCUCUUAGGCUCUCUAGUUUGCUUUCCCAACUUAUAUUGUGAACUCCCAGCUCUACACCCAAACACUCCUGACAUUGUUAUGUCUCAGUUCACAGAUGUUAAGGAACUCAUCAUCAAAACAGUAUUAAAUUCUGCAAGAGAGGAGCCAUCUGGGCCUGCAAGAUGUGUUGCUUUAUGUAGCCUUGGCAUAUGGAUCUGCGAAGAACUGGUACAUGAGUCCCAUCAUCCUCAAAUCAAGGAAGCUCUGAAUGUGAUCUGUGCCUCAUUAAAAUUUCCAAAUAAAACGGUUGCAUAUGUUGCUUGCAAUAUGCUUAAUAUGCUGAUUCAUUAUGUACACAGGCUACAGAAGUACCAAGCUGAUUCACCAUUAAAAAUUAUUCAGAUCCUGGUAGCAACUAUCACUCAUCUUUUGCCCAGUACCGAAGCUUCUUCUUAUGAACAGGACAAGAGGCUGGUGGUAGCUUUGCUUCUCUGUUUGUUGGACUGGAUAAUGGCCUUGCCUUUAAAGACACUGUUUCAACCUGUUUGCACCACAGGAUCUGAAAAUGAUAAAACAGAAAAAUCUGUUCUCAAUUGCAUAUAUAAGGUUCUUCAUGGAUGUGUCUAUGGAUCUCAGUGCUUUAGCAAUCAGAAAUAUUUUCCUAUGAAUCUUUCUGAUUUGGCAUCUUCGGAUUAUGAUCCUUUUAUGCACUUAGAAAGUUUGAAGGAACCAGAGCCAUUACAUUCACCUGAUUCAGAACGGUCUUCAAAACUCCAGCCAGUCACAGAAGUGAAAUCUCAUAUUCAGCAAGGAUUGAUCUCUGUGGCAGCUCGUACUGUUAUAACACAUCUGGUAAACCAUUUGGGCCAUUAUCCAAUGUGUGGGGGUCCUGCUAUGCUCACAAGUCAAGUAUGUGAGAACAAUGACAAUCCUUACAGCGAGAGCCCUGAACUUUCUCCAGAACUUUUUGAGAAUCCCAACCUCCAGUUUUUCGUACUAAAUAAUACAACAUUAGUUUCAUGUAUACAAAUCCGUGCAGAAGAGGACAUGCCUGGAGGGGGAUUGUCUGCUGGACUUGUAUCGGCUAAUUCAAACGUAAGAAUUAUAGUGCGUGACCUGUCUGGCAAAUAUUCAUGGGAUUCAGCCAUUCUGUAUGGACCUCCACCUCUCUCUAGCUCAUCUGAGCCAACUUCUUUUGUCCUCUCAUUACCCCAUCAAGAGAAACAAGAAGAUGCUUCAGAACCUACCACAUAUGUAGAAGAGCCAUGUGUAAAGGAUGGAAACGCACUCCAGGUGAAGAGGAGGUUUAGAGAGACAGUACCAACAUGGGACACAAUUAGGGAUGAAGAAGAUGCCCUUGAUGAGCUCUUGCAGUACAUAGGCAUCGCUAGCCCUGAAUGCUUGCAGAGGACAGGUGUAUCACUCAACGUUCCUGCUCCUCAGCCUAUAUGUGUCUCAGAGAAGCAGGAAAAUGAUGUAAUCAAUGCAAUCCUUAAGCAACACACAGAAGAAAGAGAUUUUGUUGAAAAGCAUUUCAAUGACUUAAAUACAAAAGCUGUGGAGCAGGAUGAGCCAACCCCACAAAAACCCUGUUCACCAUUUUACUAUUGUAGAUUACUUCUCAGUAUUCUGGGAAUGAAUUCUUGGGAUAAAAGGAGAAGCUUUCAUCUCCUGAAAAAAAAUGAAAAGCUACUUCGGGAACUGAGAAAUUUGGACUCAAGACAAUGCCGAGAGACGCACAAAAUUGCUGUAUUUUAUGUUGCUGAGGGACAAGAGGAUAAACACUCCAUCCUCACUAAUACUGGAGGAAGUCAAGCCUACGAAGAUUUUGUGGCAGGCCUUGGUUGGGAGGUGAACCUUACAAACCAUUGUGGUUUUAUGGGAGGACUGCAAAAAAAUAAAAGUACUGGAUUAACCACUCCAUAUUUUGCUACCUCUACUGUGGAAGUAAUGUUUCAUGUAUCAACCAGAAUGCCUUCUGAUUCAGAUGACUCCCUGACAAAAAAGCUAAGACAUUUAGGAAAUGAUGAAGUUCACAUUGUCUGGUCAGAGCAUACGCGGGACUACAGAAGAGGAAUAAUUCCUACAGAAUUUGGAGAUGUGCUCAUUGUUAUAUAUCCAAUGAAGAAUUACAUGUUCAGUAUCCAGAUUAUGAAGAAACCUGAGGUCCCAUUCUUUGGUCCAUUGUUCGAUGGCGCUAUUGUGAAUGGAAAAAUUCUUCCUAUUAUGGUUCGUGCCACAGCUAUAAACGCAAGCAGAGCAUUGAAGUCACUCAUCCCAUUAUACCAAAACUUCUAUGAAGAAAGAGCUCGGUAUCUGCAAACAAUUGUUCAGCACCAUCUAGAUCCUUCAACUUUUGAAGACUUUGCAGCUCAGGUUUUCUGUCCAGCACCUUGCCAUCAUGUGCCCUCUGAAACUGGCUCCUACCCAGAGACUCAGGCGUCCGAAGUUCCAGCAGCAGCGCAGAUGGACGGGCCCGAUCUAGGCUUCCCCAUGUCUCCCCGGACUAGCAAGAGCCGCAUGUCUAUGAAGCUGCGCCGCUCCUCUGGUUCAGCCAACAAGACUUAAGAAGGAAUGACACCUGCAGCAUCUUCUCAUGCUAUUCCUGUGCCUAAAGAGAAUAUUUUCCCCACAGUCAUCCACUCUUAGGUUUAUUUUAGAAAACCAUAUUGGAAUUUUCACAAUGAAAAUAUUUUAGCUUUUGUUAGAAUAUUUUUUUUAAUCAGACUUCCUGCUGCCAUAGUUUGUCAGUGCAAUCCUUUUCUGCAUCUUUUACCUUUUCUUGUGAGAUGUUCAACAGCAGCCACUCUGUUUUAACCUCUGCAGUUGGUUGCUAGCCACCCCGGAGCUGGAGACUGCAGGCAUGUUCUGCUCUAUUUAUUGUGCAACCCUCUCAAUAAUAAAACAUGUACCAUUUGCAAAUGAAUGUACUACUUUUCCAAUGAAGAUGUGUCUGUGAAGUCCUCUUCAAAGGUGAUGUUCAAAAUUGCAUAAAAUUAUGUACAGAGUAUGUUUGUGAUAUGAAUAAACCCUUUCAAGUAAACAGGUCCAGCACCACCUCUGUUACUGUCAUUCACUACUGGACAGUCACAAUAACAGAAUCCUGGUGCUAAAUUGCAAACUUUCUACUUUCUCUUGCUAGUUUUUGCUUUGCAGUUGGGAGUUAUGGCCACAGGACGCAAUUCCUCCUUCCACCAAAAUGAGGCUAUUCCUUUCUCUGUAAAAUACGUAUACACUCACAUGUCUUCAAGCACUUUGCCAUGUCAAGUCAUUGCUCUGAGCUAUGUACCAUUACCGGAGGGAAAAGGGACUGUGCCCUUAUAGCUGCAGCUGUCUACGCAAACACAUUCCACCUCACACUCCCACUAUCCCCAGAGAUAUUUUCCUACCGAAGAAGACAUACAACUGUGUUGUCUGCCAUAUUCCACUCUAACAAAAUGUAGCAUGGCACCGGUACUAACUGCAUGUGUAAAUACCUGCCCCUCAUUUGGGCAACUAUAGAAAUAUAUAUUGAUGUAUUUGUUCACCGUGUAGUAUAUACAAAUUUGUAAUGGUUGAAGAAAAGACAUGCUAUUUAAUAAUACAA